AUGACUCCGAAUGCUUUUACCUGCUCCACUUACAUCCAAGGGUUGUGUAAGCAUCAUAGCUCCGAUUCAGGUCAUCAAGCGCUUCGAUGUUUUUUAGAAGCUAAGGUUCCGGUUGAUGAGUUUGCUUAUUCAGCUGUGAUUCGUGGGCUGUGCAGGGAUGGGAAUCUAGAUGCUGCUGUAGAUCUUCAAGAGGAGAUGUUGUCCAGAGGGUUGAGAACGAAUUCUGUGGUUGUUGGCUUGAUUCUUCAGGGCUGUUGUCAAGCAGGUGAGUUCUCUAAAGUCGUGAGCUUGUUCAGGAGGUAUAAGAAUGCCGAUGUUUACCUCGAUAAGUUUUGCUACAAUAUGGUGAUGAAGGGGUUUUGCAAGUUGGGGAAGGUGGAAGUGGCUGCUGCACUGCUGACCAAGAUGAAAGUUAAUCAUGUGCAUCCUGAUGUCAUUAACUAUACAACUGUCUUUAGUGGUUACUGUGACGAAGGUAAACUUGACGAGGCCAUGAAAUUAUUCGAAGAAAUGAAGCGGAAUGGGAUUACCCCCGAUGUCGUCCUUUAUAAUGUACUUGCUUCUGGUUUGGCCAGAUUGGGUUUUACUCAAGAAGUGAAGUACUUGUUAAAUUACAUGAAGGACUCUGGUAUUGAACCUAACAAUGGGACAUACAGUGUCAUUAUUGAAGGGCUAGCCACAGAAGGAAAAUUGGAAGAUGCAGAAGCUUUUUUAGCCGCACUGGAAAACCCGAGCUUGGAUAUCUAUUGUAGCAUGGUGAAUGCUUACUGUUCAGAAAAAAGGUCAGAUAAGGCCUUUGCUCUUUUUAUUUAUCUGGUUGAAAAAGGGCACAUACUGAGGAAACGUUCUUGCUUGAAGCUGCUUUCCAGUUUGGAACAUGAUAUCAAGAAGUGUAUUCAACUGGUUAAGAAGGUAUUAGAGCUAAGGGCUAAUUACUCGAAUAUUGUGUGCAGCAGAGUCAUAAACAUGCUUUUGCGUGCUGGAGAAAUAAGAAAGGCCCUAGAAUUAUUCAAUGAAAUGAAGGCAAAUGGGAUUAACCCGGAUGUGGUGACGUACACAACGAUAAUGAAUCUGUAUUGCAGUAUCGAUCACUUGAAGGAGGCCGUCAAUCUUUUCCAUGAUAUGGAGGCCAAAGGGGUUGAACCAGAUGUUAUCACUUAUACAGUUUUGCUGAAGGGGGAAUUGAAGGAAAUAAGGUGCAAGAGAAGUAGGAAUAGGGAAAUCAACAACAGCAAUGCUGUAGUAGGACCUUUCUUGUAUGGUAAACUAAUGGAUGUGGAGCCUGAUCCUGUUAUGUAUACUGUUUUGAUAGACGCACGCUGCAAAGAAAAUGAUAUGAAGGGUGCUAUGAAAUUUUUCAAAGAGAUGAUUGAUAGAGGGCUACAACCCGACGCGACGGCAUACACAGCUCUUCUAUGUGGAUACUUGCAUGUUGGAGAUGCAGCUGCGGCUGGCCUUGUUUGUAGAUUGAUGUUGGAAAAUCAAAUAGAGCCUGAUGGCAUUUUGGAGUCUGUGUUGGAUCGUCAUGGUAAAUUUUUGCUAGACAGGAACUGUCUACAAUGA